AUGGCCAAGGGGGAUCGAAGAAAACGCGCAAGUCAGCUACAACAGCGGCUUCAAAAGCCAUCAUUAAAGCAAAUACUUUCAAUGAACAUUGAAGAUAUGCCACAACUUGUCAUGAGCUAUGCCGGACCAGAUAGUAUCGACAAGCAACAGGAUGUUAUUCAGUAUUGUCUUCAACGAAUACUUCAAGGCCCGCGUCCAGAUCCUGAGUGUACUCUUCAGCCACGCAUAGAACAAGUCCGUAUACUUCGGCGCAUGAUAUAUGGAUAUAGCGACACUUUAUUCAUUGCCAGAACUGGCUAUGGAAAGAGCCUUAUUCUUCAAUCCUAUACAAUUCUGACAGGAAAGAUAACCAUUCAACUGGUUCCUCUAAACAAGCUUGGUGAUCAGCAAACAAGAGAUAUAGCACGGUUUCCCGGUGCCAAUCCUUGUCUGGUCAGUGCUGAUAAUCUCCAGGGGCAAGAAGACUUACUCAAACGCAUUCAACAAGGUGACUAUACACAUAUACUGCUCAGUCCAGAGCAAGCUCUUUGCAAGCGAUUUCAGCAUGUUCUUCAAGACCCUACUUUACAAGAAAAGAUUGGGCUUGUAGCUAUCGAUGAGUGUCAUCUUGUCACACAGUGGAGUCAAUUCCGUAGUCAGUUUGCCAGGCUGGGGCACCUGAGAUUGCUUCUUCGUGAGGAUAUUGUCUGGUUUGGCUGUUCCGCAACCCUCAGCAGUAAAGCUGAAGAUAUCAUUCUUCAAGAGGCUGGAUUUCGUUCUAUUGGUGUAAACCCACGGCAGACUCAGGUUAUUCGAACUUCCAUUAACCGUCCUGAUAUCUUUAUCGGCGUACAUCCGAUUCCACGCGACAUUCAGCAUUUCACAUCUCGAGUGUCUGAAGUGGAUCAGAAUAUUCGCUUCGAGGAGUUCAUGAAACCUAAGUCAAUGGUAUCCAGAUCAGAAUCGUGA